GAAUUUGGAUACAAAUAUCUGUACUUGUAAGUAUUCAAACUUGCAAUCUGUCAAUGGCCUUGAGCUAAGAAAAAAAUUUCCAUGUAAGCAGAGGAAAUAUCGUCAAGGUUCACCAUCAAGGCAACAUUUGUCUCAAUGGAUUUAGUGGGAGAUGACCAGAGUAAUAGGGCUCCAGUUACUAACUUGUAUAGCAGCAAUUUACCUAACAGCAGAUUUUGGCAGAGCAGUUGACUUGUACAGCUUGCAUCCUCUUAAGUAUUUUUAAAAUACUGGGUAUUUAUUUUGUCUUUAUGGUAAGUUUUAUACAUUGUUCUGGUCUAACCGUAAAGAAAACAAGUCAUCAGUAUGGACACUGUUGUUUCUGAUUCUCCUGUAUGUGUUGUAUCAAUGGACUCUUCAAGUAUUUUGUAAGUAUUAUAGAACAUGGGUACAGGUCAACUGGAAAAGCAGCUGCUUUUUGAAAAAGGAUAAAAUUUGGAACAGCAGUAGCUGCGGUCAAAGGUUGUAGAGACUUUAGAUGUUGCUGACCUGUUUCUUAAAUUAACAAACUAUAGUAACUAUUUCAAAAUUAUUAAGAUUUAAUAGUACUUGAGUACAUCAAUUAAGUUUAAGAAACAGAGGUCUUCUGUAAGUAUUUUCUGAAACAACACAUCACUAAUGUUUAUAUAUAUUGUGAUAGGAAGACCUGUUUCUUUCAUCCUGUAUUGGCUCUGGUUUUGACAGUUAUUUGAAAGUGUUUUUUUCUUGAUAAAAUGUGGGCAGCAAUAAUAGUAAAUGUAUUUACAUGCUAGAUAAAACUAGUUUAAAGAUGCUGAGAAGGGGAGGUGGUUCAUAUGUAAAUGGUAAUUGUUUUAUUUGUCAUGGUUUUUGUAUUGGAAAUCAGCUGAACUUAAUAGGACUGAUUUUAUAAAUGUAUUAAAACUUUCAAAGUAAAUUUUUGUAAAUUACUGCAGUUUGAUGAUUUUUAUUUACAAUACAUAACUGAUAGUAAUGUCAGAGGAGUUGUUCAGCCAUUCAUUCUCAAUAGAAAGUGACAUGUGCACUGUAUUUUGUAAUUUCAAAAUAAUUGAAGUGUGGGUUGUUCUGUGGCUCUGAUAUAAUGCAUUAUUUGCAUGUGUUUUCUGUUUAGGUUUAAUCUUAAAAAUGGAACAGUACACAUCAUACAUAGGAUGUGAGAUUUCUAAAGUGCCUUUAUCUGAUAGCGCUCAGAGAAUUAUGUCAGCUUUGCAAUCUAUUCCUGUAGAAGUUCAGACUAGCAGAAAAAAGAACCAGAGAGUUUCAUGAGUCCACAAUUGCUAUACUAAAAACAUCUGCCAGCUCUGAAAUAAGUAACACUGGUCAGAUAGCCAGGACAUUACACACCAGUGAAAUGCUUUGCUGUCAAGAUACCGAAAGAGCGCACUGUUACCAGGAUAUAAACUUGCCAACAUGGGGAUAUCGAGAAAGAAAUCUUGCAGUAAAAGACAAAAACCAGAAGGAGUGUGAAAAGAUUGUAACUGCUCCCCUUAAAAGAAAGCAAGAUGUGCCUUUAUCUUGUUCAGAGAAAACAAGGAGAUUACCUGUAAGAACCUACACUUCCUCACAUGAAAGAAGAUAUGACUGUACUUCUGGACAAUCUGAGUCUUCUGAAAAUUGCCCUUUUGAUGUCAGGAAUUUAGGAUGUGAAGAAAAAAGAGAAUUGCUGACAACUGUAAAAGAGGCAGCAGCUUUUGUAACUACUAUGAUAUUUCAAGAUGGUUCUUCACAGCUCAACUCAGAGCAGGUCUUAACCUCAUCAGUAAAAGGAUUUGUUGUGUUAGUGAAGAAGCAGACUGGUCAACCUUGCCCUCCCAGUUACUCUUCAACUGACUGUACUUGGAAUGCUGCUAAUGAAAAUGAUAAAUUAAUUUAUUUGAGACUUGAAUGGCUAUCUCUUUGGCAACAAGCACAGCAGGCUCAUGAGAGAUUCGUUUGGGAGGUGUUGUUUCAAAUGCUGCGUUGCAAAGUUCCAAUUAUUUGUUUCAAUGCAAAAGAUUUCCUGAGGACUUUACUUCAAGUUUAUGCUAAUGAAAUUAGCUGGAAACAAGUUGCCGAUAGUGUCGUGUUAGAUCCCAGGAUUGCAGCGUGGCUGAUAAACCCCAGCGACACAGUUCCCUCUUUUGAAUGUUUAAUCCAGAAGUAUUUUGAAAAUCCUUGUUCUGUGGGAACAAUAAAUACAGAUACAGGCACUUUGAGAAAUGCAUCAUAUCAAAACUUAGGUGUGAACUUGCAGAAGCUUUAUAAUGUAAUGAUGGACCUUGCUCAUGACUUACAGGUUCAAGGUUUGUGGCAAUUAUUUUGCACGUUAGAGCUUCCCCUUCUCAAAAUUCUGGCAGUGAUGGAAACACACAAAAUACAUGUGAACAAACAUGAACUGAAAAAAACAUCAGAGAUUCUGGGGUUGCGACUCAAAGAACUUGAACAGGAAGCUCAUCAAGUCGCUGGAGAACGAUUCCUUGUGACCAGUAGUAGUCAGCUCAGAGAGAUACUAUUUGAAAAGUUAAAACUGCAUACACUGUGUGAGAAGGUUCACAGAACUGAAAUACAACAGCUUGUGUCCACCUCGGAAGUUGUGCUAAAGCAGUUGCAAGAUCUUCAUCCUUUGCCUAAGAUAAUUUUAGAAUACCGUCAGGUUCAUAAGAUGAAAUCAACUUAUGUGGAUGGACUCCGAACAUGCAUGAGAAAGGGAUUUAUUUCCUCUACAUGGAAUCAGACAGGAACUGCGACUGGCAGACUUUCAGCCAAACAUCCAAACAUUCAAGGUAUCUCUAAACAUCCAGUUAGAAUCACAAAGAAACAGUGCAUAAAAGGAAAAGAAGAGGAAAUAAUAACUUUUUCCCCAAGAACAUUGUUUGUGUCAAAAAAAGGAUACACGUUUUUAGCAGCAGAUUUUUCCCAUAUUGAGUUAAGGAUCCUUGCUGACUUAUCAUCUGAACCAGAACUUUUGAAACUGUUCCAAGUACCUGAAACCACCGAUAUCUUUUCCACAUUGGCUUCUCAGUGGAAGGGGAUUCCAAGUGAACAAGUGCAACACGCUGAUAGAGAGCAAGCAAAGCGUAUAGUUUACGCAGUGGUGUAUGGAGCAGGUAAAGAACGUCUUGCUGACUGCCUGGGAAUUACUCCUCUUCAAGCCAGUCAAUUUAUAGAGAGUUUUAUGCAAAAAUACAGGAAAGUAAAUGAAUUUACAAAGAGAACCAUUGAACAAUGCCGAAAUAAAGGUUAUGUGGUUUCCAUCAUGGGACGUAAAAGACCACUGCCUAAUAUCAAUGCACAGGAUUACAAGCUACGCACACAAGCGGAGAGGCAGGCUGUCAAUUUUGUCAUUCAAGGAUCUGCAGCUGAUCUUUGUAAAAUGGCUAUGGUGGAGAUUUUUACCUCCGUUGUUAUUUCUCCAACUUUAACUGCCAGGUUAAUUGCCCAGAUUCAUGACGAGUUGUUGUUUGAAGUAGAAGAUUCUCAAAUCCAGGAAUUUUCAGCGCUGGUAAAAAGAACAAUGGAGUCCCUGCAGCAAACCACAGCCUUGGAAGUGCCACUAAAGGUUCCCUUGAAAGUGAUUCUUACCACUGGGAAAUCAUGGGGGUGUAUGACAGAAUUGCAGGAGAUGUAAAGCAGUCAUCGGGGAUGUUAUUCAGCACCCGUACACCUCAUUGGCCUAUGCUGAUUCCUCGUUGAAUCACUAGGCAACAGCGCUGCUGGAUCUUUCAUAAGCACCUAAUACUCUGCAUGUGAAUUUUUUUACUUCAUUUUGUCUGUAGCCCUAGGCAACGGCAGUGAGAUAAAACUGGUUUUUACCAGUUCAUUGUGUUUCCUUUAGCCAAGGUAACCAGCAGGGAGCUGCUUUUGUUCAGAGCUAAAUUACUUACAUGUAAGAAAUGAAGCAAGACAAUAUUAACCCUUUGGGAAUGUGAAAAAUACAUUUGAGUUAGAGGUUUAGACUUAUUAUUUUGUAAAAAUACUUGUAAUCUGGCACCGUUUGAACAGUAUCAGCAAAUUCUUAAUGUUGUGCUCAGCUUACUUUAUAUUUUGUGAGUAGAAGGCAGCUGCUUGUUUUGCAUCACAUAUUAAAUGCCACGUUCCACAGACUUAGAAAAAGAGUUCUUUGGAAAUUGAGAGUCUCCAAAUUAAUUUAUAUUUAGGAUUUUGGAGCAAAACAGAUAAACAGAUCUGGAUGCCUAAACACACUAAAAGCAACCAGGUUGUUGUCAAUUCACUUAAUUUCAAACUCUAUUUGUACACUAUAGCCUUAGAAUAUUAUUAAAGAAGUGAGUUUUGCCUAAUCUGUUAUUUAUUACUGGUGCAAUGCUAAAUAUGGUUCAGAUAAAUUUUAGGGUUCAGCCUUAUAUUUUGUUAAGAUUCAGGCUUCUAUUUUAAUGCUUGGAUUUGCUAAUGAUAUUUUGGGUUUCUGUAGAGUUUGUUUUUCAAAUGAGUUUGUUUCAUAACAUUGCUGCUUGCCAAGUUCUGCCUCUGUGUUGUAGAAUAUGAAACUGUCCUCAAAGUCUCCUAAUUACUUAGAAGUUGAAGUCAACCACAGAACUUUUAAGAGGUGUCCAGUAUCUUUCAGCAUUAGAGCUCAAAUGAUCAAAGUAAUGUAAUUUAAAAUUUUAAAAUGUAUAGUUACAGAGAUCUUACAGCAGUUUUAAUUUGUAUCAUUAAACAGUUUUGCAUUGUGCUUAAAGGCAUUAAACUAUUAAACAU